AUGUGGCAUUUGACUGCCGAUGAAGCCUCUUCGCACUGGCAAAGUGACACAACACCCUUUCUGAACACUGCUGGAUGGGCAGACUGUCAGGAAGCCAUCUAUGCUACAGCUUCAUACCACAUAGCACCUGAGAGCUCUUGCAGUGCUCAGUUCGAGGAUUUUAGACGAGCAAGUGAUCCCCAGUUCGAAGGGUCUGAGUGUGUCUGGGCUGGUCGUGGUCAUCAAGGUCUGAGUGUUCAAGAGCCGUGGCCUUUGUGUCGCUCACCUACCUCGUUAUGGAGCUUGGGCUCGACUAUGGAGCCUUGGCGACUGGGCUCAGCAGCGGCAAGCGCAAGCGGCGCAAGCAGCAUUGCGUCAAUGGCGUCGAUUGCUUCGGUGGACAGUGCUCUUGGGACUCACUACCGCGAGCCAAUAGAUUCCUCGCAUUUGGCAGAGGACUCGUCAAAUUUGUCAUGGUGCAGUGCGCAGCUUGCACCAGAGCUGGCUGAUAGUGCCCGAAAGGCCUGGGCAGUCGAGCUUGGAGAAAUUAGAGAACUAGAAAGAGAAAGUCAAGGAGAAUUUGGAGAUCCUUUAGACUUGGAAGCGUUCGUUCUGUCAGAAAGUCGUUCAAGUCCGACAGAGCUCCUUCCCUUUGGGCUUUUAGAUUCACCUUUGAACAGCCCCAGCUCCCGCAAUGAGUCAAGUGAGCUGAAGACAUCGAAGACUCCGAAGCCGCGUCAAGAGAAGCGGGGAUUGCCCAGGGAAUACCAUCAUAGCCGGGUGCCGAAGAAUGUCAAUUUGCAGGAGGAGUAUGAAAGUCAUCCGGGUAGGGAGAUCACCACCUUGAUGAUUCGCAACAUUCCGAACCGCUAUACACAGCAGGAGCUUAUUGCUGAGCUGGAAGAUUUGGGCUUUGCUGGUAGCUUCAAUUUCUUGUACAUUCCUCUCGACAAAGGAACUAUGUCAAACGUGGGCUAUGCAUUUGUGAACUUUGUGAACACGGACUGGGCCAACCGGUGCAUUUUGGCCUUUCAGGGGUACCGCUUCAAACGACAUCGCAAGUCUUCUGGGAAGAUUGCAGCGAUCUCUACUGCACACCUUCAAGGUCUCGAGGCCAACUUGGCGCACUAUGAGAAAUCAGCUGUGAACACUGCGAAGCUGAAGCACCGCCGGUUGCAGCCCAAGCAGAGCCCAAAGCUUGGCCAUGAGACUGCUUUGGUCUACAUGGAGGACCAGCACAGGCCGCGAUCAAGCAGUGGCGGGGGCUUCAGAGAUGGUGGCUUCGUUGAGACACCACAGCUUACACAGCUCAGUGCGAUGCUGAAGGUUGUGGACGCCGGCGAUCGCAUCAUCAAGGGGCGCCUUGAGCUGUUUGCUUGUUCACGUCGAAAGUUAACAGUUGGCCAGCAGCAUGACCUUGAGCUCCGCUGCCCAGAGAGCUUGGCAGAUUCGCCCCUGGGGUCCCUGGCCUCUGAAGGCUCCCAGAUUUUGCUCUCAAAUCUCCGGACGCUGAUGUCCUUACUGUACGUCGACUACGACUGCACUCAUUUGUAUCCGACUGACUUUGAGCGCUGCACUGACAAGCAUGCGGUGGUUACCUCCAUAAAUCAUAGCCUUGUACAGAUCGUGGACCGUGUCCACAGUGGCUUUCUUGCUGAAUUCUGGCAGGCAGUGCAAGAAGCGAUAGACAUCAUCGGAUGUGAAGUGUUCGCUUUCCGACCGACGUCUACAAGCUUUGAACCUACAGAACAUGCACUCAUGUCUUUCCAUUACUUCUUCGCUGACCUACAGAAAAGUCGCAUUCUUUUCAUAGGCAGUGUCACGAAGAGUCGGCGGAGCGCCCGUGGAGGUCCCGACUCCGACAGUGACGUGCAGCUGUCUCAGGACUCUGCCUCCGAAGACUCCAAGGGACGCAGCAGUGAGAUGGGCUCCAGCCUACAGGAGGGCGAGUUUGCGUUCAGUGAUGGCAGCGAUGAUGCGAUGCAACCAUGA